GUUGGCAUACUAUCUCUCUUUUUUUCGCCCUCUGUUAUUUUUUUUGCCCUUUUUUUUUGUUUAAAGUUUUCCUUUUUCUCACUUGGCUUAGGCUUGAUUUUAGUUUUUUUUCAAUACCCACCCCGUUUGAGCAAACCCAUGUUGGAUCAAGUCUGAUUAUUGUUGUUAAUUUUGAUCUUCUGAUAUUUCACAUACUAGUGUAUUUUGGGUUUAAUUAUAGAGUAAAGUGCAAUACUAGUAACUACCAUAUUUUGGGUUCGAUUCCAAAUUAAGUGCAAUCCAAUAAUAGUAAUUUGAUGGGCGAUCUUCGGCGGCCACCUACUGGCGGCGGAUCAUCAUCAUCAACAGCAGCAGCCGGAGGAGGGGAAGAGGAAGAGAGACCGGUGCCCUCGCCGUCGACAUCAAUUAUACCAUCGUCCGAUCCGAACCCCUUGUCCAUUUCUGCGAGGCGUUGGGUCAGAGCUGAGAAAGCCACCCAAAACAUUAUCUCUAAGGUUCAGCCCACUGCCGUCUCCGAGGAGAGAAGGAGAGAGGUCAUAGAUUAUGUUCAGAGCUUGAUUAGAAAAUGUCUUGGUUGUGAGGUAUUUCCUUAUGGGUCUGUACCAUUAAAAACUUAUCUUCCUGAUGGAGAUAUUGAUUUAACUGCAUUUGGUGGUACAAAUGCUGAUGAUAUUUUGGUUGAUGAUAUGGUCUCCGUUCUUGAAGGAGAAGAUCAAAAUAAGUCUGCAGAUUUUGUAGUGAAGGACAUCCAACUUAUUCGUGCUGAGGUUAAGCUUGUAAAAUGCAUUGUGCAGAAUAUUGUAGUUGAUAUUUCCUUUAAUCAAAUUGGCGGCCUUUGUACCUUGUGCUUUCUUGAGCUGGUUGAUUCAGUUAUUGGCAAAGAGCAUCUCUUUAAACGUAGCAUUAUACUAAUAAAAGCAUGGUGCUAUUAUGAAAGUCGGAUUCUUGGUGCUCAUCAUGGCUUGAUUUCCACAUAUGCUUUGGAGACGCUGGUCUUGUAUAUCUUCCAUCUCUUCCAUUCAACAUUUAAUGGUCCCUUAGCAGUUUUAUUCAAGUUCUUGGACUACUUUAGCAAGUUUGAUUGGGAAAAUUAUUGCAUCAGUUUGGCCGGUCCUGUCCGCUUAUCCUCAUUGCCAGAACUCGUAGUGGAAGCACCAGAAAAUGGUGGCUGUGAUUUACUUCUCAGCAGUGAUUUUCUUAGAUACUGUACUGAUAUGUUCUCAGUACCUUCAAGAGGAGCUGACUCAAAUUUACGUGUAUUUCAACCAAAGCAUCUUAAUAUUGUUGACCCCCUUAAGGAAAACAAUAAUCUUGGUAGAAGUGUCAGCAAAGGAAAUUUCUACCGGAUACGGAGUGCUUUCACUUAUGGAGCUAGGAAACUUGGGCGAAUACUUCUGCAACCAGAAGAUGACAUUGCUGAAGGGCUUUGUAAAUUUUUCUUCAACACUUUGGAUAGACAUGGAAGUGGAGAGAGACCUGAUGUUCAAGGUCCUCGUUGUAAUUAUAGGUAUAACGGUUAUAGUAGCACAUUAUCCAUUUCAGAGAAUGAUCCAUGUGCAGUGGAGAGGGUUAUUGUGAAACCUACAUCAGAUACAAAUGGAUCAUGUCAUGACAGAGUCAAUGGCCUGAAGUUAUCUGGGCUGGAGACCACGUGUGGCAGAGAAAAUGGAGAGGAAGAGGGCAUCAUUGAAGUACUUCCCUCCAACUUUUGCGACUCUCCUGCAGUUGGGAAUGCUCUGGAUCACCGAAUCUCGGGGGAUGCAAAGGACCUUGCUACCUAUAGAGUUGAUUGCCUCAAAGUUUCAAAUACUUUACCUCAAAUUUCUGAGCUAGCAGAAGUGGAUCCAUCCGGCACCGGACGAUAUGGUCGCUUUAGAGAAAUUCUGGGUAAAGGAGCCAUGAAAACGGUGUACAGAGCAUUCGAUGAGGCCCUGGGAAUGGAGGUGGCUUGGAACCAGGUGAAGCUCAACGACGUCUUCAGGUCACCUCAAGAGCUGCAGCGGCUUUAUUCCGAAGUACACCUCCUCAAGAAUCUGGAUCACCCUUCCAUCAUGCGAUUCCACGCUUCUUGGAUCGAUGUUCACCGCAGAACUUUCAACUUCAUCACCGAAAUGUUUACCUCUGGCUCCCUCAGAGAGUACAGACACAAGCACAAGCGAGUAAACAUGCAAGCAGUAAAGAACUGGGGUCGCCAAAUCCUGGAAGGCCUUGCUUAUCUGCAUGGUCAUGAUCCCCCGGUGAUCCAUAGAGAUCUCAAAUGCGACAACAUCUUCGUCAACGGCCAUCUUGGCCAGGUCAAGAUUGGUGAUCUUGGGUUGGCAGCCAUACUUCGAGGCUCCCAUCACGCGCACAGCGUCAUAGGUACACCCGAGUUCAUGGCACCUGAAUUAUACGAAGAAGAUUACGACGAGCUAGUGGACGUCUACUCGUUUGGGAUGUGCAUGUUGGAGAUGCUCACUUCUGAGUAUCCCUACAGCGAGUGCUCCAAUCCAGCUCAAAUAUAUAAGAAAGUCACUUCGGGAAAGCUUCCAGGUGCAUUCUACCGGAUUCAUGAUCCCGAAGCCCGGAGGUUCAUAGGGAAAUGCUUGGAGACGGCUUCCAAAAGGCCAUCUGCACUUGAACUCUUGAGAGAUCCAUUUCUUGCUUAUGAUCGAGAAGACGAGCUGCUGGAGAUCACAGGAAUACCGUGUUUGAUGCCCUGUAGUCCACGCAGACGAGAAGUGGUGCUGCAAAUGCCAUCGACUUUUUGUGAUCAGAAAAGGAGCACCAACAUGACGAUUACUGGGACCUUGAACCCAAAAGAUGACAGCAUCUUUCUCAAAGUACAAAUCUCUGACAAGGAUGGUCAAGCUAGAAACAUAUACUUCCCAUUCGAUAUUUCCAGCGACACGGCAAUGGAUGUAGCAGGAGAGAUGGUAAAGGAAUUAGAGAUAACAGAUUGGAAACCAAUUGAGAUUGCUGAGAUGAUUGACGAGGAGAUCUCCGCUUUGAUUCCGUCCUGGAAGGGAUGCCCACGGGGUUUCCAUCAGCAGCGGCAGCAUUCUUUCAGAUAUGACCAAGAGGAUGACGACGACCACCACAGCACGCUCCCACCAUUUUAUUCUCUUUCCUCCCAACAUUCUUCCUCCCAGGCAUCUCUCCCUGGUCUUUUCCCUUCUGGCCUCCCUGACUGGAUUCAAGAGGACUUGAGUAACUAUGAUGAUGCCAGUAGUUCUCAAAGCUCUUUCAACUCGAACAAACUCUCCAACUUGUAUUAUUUCUCAGACCGCGAAAUGAAUGGUUCCACAUUCAGUUCCAAAAUUGGAGAGCCACAAAUAUUCAUGGGCACUACUACUACUACUACUGGCAGCAGCAAAUGGACAACAAGGUUCUGUCCUGAUCAAAACAACAUGAGCAAAUAUUGCACCGAUGAUGAUCGCAAUCUAGGGAUGCCAAGGGUUCGAUCGCUAGUAGAUAUUCGGAGCCAAUUGCUGCACCGAUCCCUCGUGGAGGAGAUCAACAGAAGGCGAUUGUUCAAAACUGUUGGAGCUGUUGAGAAUAUUGGGUACCAUGAGCCGGGUGGUUAUGACUUCUUUCCCGGAAAUGCAUCAGUAAAGAGUGGUGAUGGGAGAUAUGUUAGAAAUGUUUCAAAGCAAGGAUUUGAAUGGUAGGGUUCCAUUCCAUUACUGAUUACCCGUACGUAAGUGCCUGUUUAGAGGACCCCUCAGUAACUGUAAUUUCGAGGAGGUGUCCAAUCUUUUUUACGACUUUAUUUUCUUUUGAUGUGUAUCAGUAAUGGAU